GUGACUGUUGCCUAAUUGCCCAUCUCAUCUAUCCACUCUAGCAGAGGAACGAAAGACCUGGGAUCGAGGACGCAACUUCUCUGGUCGGAAUCCAGAUUGCUACCAUCUGGAUCUGCCAUAUGCAAGCCACGCGAAACACGCUUAACAUUUCAGGCUGUUGUUCCAAGGCUAAUUUCGGACAACGCUUUGAACCAGGUGCAGUGUUAGGGUGAGUUGAAUGUGCAGCACCAGUACACUACAACAGUUACUAAAUGCGCAUAUUGAUAAAUUCACCAAUAGCAUUUGUUUUCUAACUGGGAGUUAAAGUUAUGGAUUCAACAGUGGAUAACCGGGAGAGCAAGGCAGCGCUCCGUCCAUGCGUGCCCAGGUCCCUUCUCAUGCGCUGUCUGGUGGGGUUCCCUACGGUGGUGUGUUUCAUGUUGUCCGUGAGCUCCAUAGCCGUGUGCCUGCUCAUGAGCUUAAAGACUUACCAACUGGAGAACCGAAUGCAUGCGCUAGAGAUGGAGAAAAACACAGCGUUCAACCCGCCGGAGAGCGCCUUCAUGCGCGAGGAUGGGACUGUAAUACCGACGCUGAGGAGAUCUAUCGAGACGCUACUGCAAGAGAGACUGAGUGAAGUGAUGCCCAAGCUGCGCAUGGCGAGAGACAUCCCACAAGAGUGUUCCUGCCCACCAGGUCCUCCUGGAAAGCGUGGAAGGAUGGGCAGAAGAGGUGACACCGGAGCUCCAGGCAAGACUGGGAGAGAUGGAUACCCGGGCCCGCUUGGCAUGGAUGGCAAACCAGGUCUCCCCGGUCCUAAAGGAAGUCAGGGACCAGUGGGACCCAAGGGAGAUAAGGGUGACCAAGGAGAUAUUGGUCCCAGGGGCCCUCCUCCCCACAACUCAUACGCUGGUCUGCACAGUAAUCAGAUCCUCACCGUCAAGGGUGACCAAGGGUCUCCUGGCCCCAGAGGCCCUCCUGGAAAUACGGGAAAAGACGGGCCCCGUGGCCCGGCUGGAGAACAGGGUUUCCCUGGUCGCGAUGGUAUGGAGGGCCAAGCAGGUUCACCUGGAAAGCCAGGUGAAGAUGGUGAAGCAGGAUACGCUGGACCACAGGGACCCCCAGGGUCAAAGGGCCCGGCUGGUGAGAGGGGCAUGGACGGACUCCCUGGGUUUAAGGGAGACAAAGGAGAUAUCGGAGAGCAAGGAGCCCAGGGAGACAUGGGUUACCCUGGUGAGAAAGGGGUUCCAGGCUCUACUGAGGUCAUUGACUUCAAUGGGAAGCUGCUAGAAGCCUUCCAGGCCAUCCAGACCAUCAGUGUCAGGGGCCCACCAGGAUUACCGGGGUCCCCAGGUGGAAAGGGAGAGCUAGGCUUGCCGGGACCAUCUGGAAUGGAUGGGGAGAAGGGUCCGAAGGGAGAUAUGGGGGAGACAGGGUCAAUCGGAGAGAAAGGAGAGAAAGGAGAGAUGGGUCUCUCUGGGCCAGGGGGAAUAGAUGGACAGAAGGGAGAGAUGGGAGACUCCAGGCUGGAAGAUAACCUGGUUCAGAUGAUUUCUCAGCCGGGCCCCCCAGGACUCCCAGGCCCGCCAGGACUCCCCGGACCUCCAGGGUACAUGGGUCACCAUGGAAUGUCUGGCCCUAAGGGAGAGCCUGGAGACAGAGCUAAAGGGGAAAAGGGAGACAUUGGACCUGCUGGACUGAGGGGUAUGGACGGUCCUCAGGGUCCCCCUGGUCCCACAGGAUUGGUGGGUCUCCCAGGCACAAAAGGAGAGAAGGGCAAGUCCGGGGAGCCUGGAAUGGAUGGUUUCCCAGGCCUGAUUGGUGAGAAGGGAUCCCGGGGAGACAGAGGAGACAAGGGUGACCGGGGGACGAUGGGGAAGAGAGGUCUGAAGGGCGGGAAGGGGGAGCAGGGUCCUCCUGGACUGGACCAGCCCUGUCCUGUGGGGCAAGAUGGACUGCCCAUACCAGGAUGUUGGCACAAGUGAUGACUAAUAACAAGCGUGGCCACUGUACAUAUUGAUAUGGUAUAUAUUGCAACUGAAUAGUACAUUGCUUUUUUGUUCUUUUUUGCCUUUUUAUGGAAACGUUUUAUAUAAUAUAUUGAGCUUCUUCUUUCUUUUAUUUUGAGUCAAUAGUAUUAACCAGACUGGACAUGUCUAUCGAUACAGAUAUUUUUUGUACACCUAGAGUUUAGAUGUGAAGUAAAAUGUAGUAAAUGGAACACAGCCAUCUUGGAGCAACAUUGGGUAUGAGAAAUAUAGGAGCAAACAGACUCCUAACCUAACAGACAGACAGACUGAUGGGCGGAUGGACGGACAGACACACGUGUUGCUGGAGGGUUGAUGAAUAGGGAGAGUGGGUAAUGACUGCCUUACUAAUGGAGUAUCGUCUGCCCUGUUGCUGCCUGGUCCUGUUGCUGCCUGGCGCUGUUGGUGCCUGACCCUGUUGCUGCCUGACCCUGUUGCUGCCUGGCCCUGUUGCUGCCUGGCCCUGUUGCUGCCUGGGGGUGUGUGCUUGCUCCACCGUGCUCGAUCCCAUGGAUGGACAGACCUCCUGGUGUGAUAGAUAGAGGAGUGUAGUCAGUGCUCUCUUCUCCUCUCUCUGUUUUUGAAAGGAGGAGACAGAAGCUCAAACGCAAAUGUCUCACUCUCUCUCAGCCCUGAGGGGAGAGCAGGUCUGGAGGACAGAGAGAAGACGCGGGAGAGACAGACAGACAUGAGGGCACAAAGGACAGACAACCUCUAGAGAGUGACGGAACGGUUCUGUGCCAUUCAGUUCUAUUCGGAAUACUGAGAUCCUGUGUUAUGGAAACACACCAGGAGAGGGCGACACAGAACACUGCAUUACCACUUUCACUUGAAGUGAUCUCACCCAUAAAUUGUAGUUGUGGUUUUCAUCACACUCACUGUUGGUUCUGGGCUACAGAGGCAAGGGUUUACCUAUGAUGUCACAUAAUAAUAAUAAUAAUAGUGGUAGUAGUAAUACAAUUCUGUGGAUAUGAUGAAAGUGUAUUUAUGACAUCUUUUAUUUUGUGUUUCCAUUUAAUUAAAUGCAUGAUCAACACAAGUCACAGCAUUAUAUAGCAUCAUGAAAACCUCUCCCAUACCAGCACACUAAGGCAAUAAGUUACUGAGGUAUGUCGUUUGCGAAGAGAAAUCUUUAAGUCUCUAACAGUCUUUCCAAUUACGUGUGGUUUACUGGCAGUGAUAGCAAGUGUGAUGUUUUAUUUUAUUCUAGUUGAGUUACAUUUGCAUUCCUGUGCAUGGACGUGUUUGUAUAAUAUACUGAGUUCAUUGUGUUAAAUUCAAAUUCAGAACUGGAGCAAUUUGCAGUAUUCCCAAAUGUGCAGUAUUCCCAAAUGUGCAGUAUUCCCAAAUGUGCAGUAUUCUAUCAAUGAAGUUGAACAAACGGUUUGAAUAUGAAGUCAUUUUGUGAUUAAUUUGGCUUUUAUCAGACAUAAGUCAAUUAGAAAUAUCACAUCAGUAUUUUCUGACAGUGUUGACAGUACAGUUUUGAAGUAUAUUGAAGGAUUAUCACUUAACCUUAGCUAAACACAUUUAGAUGAAAUGCUGUUUUCUGAACAACAGUAUGGAUUCUUGCUGCUGACAUAAAAUGUUAUUGUUUGUUUGUUUGUUUUUCUUAGCCAAUGAGUUUAGUACAUUCGGACUGAAGUACAAUAAUGUACCCAAAGUCAUUGAUUUAACAAUAGUUGUAUUCAUUGAUACACAUUGGCACACCUUGACAAAAAGGAAGUCAUUGUUGGUUGAACUAUACCUACUUGUUUUGUUAUACAUUAUCACAUCAUGAAAGACAGAUUUUGAUCUGUUUUCAUUUGACGGUUUUAUUCUGAUUUACAUUUUUCUUUCUAACUUUAUGGAUUGUCUUUUGGAGAUCUAUCUUCUUGGUGCUCGAUCACUCUGUGUUUUGUCUUCUUGUAUGGUUCCUUAUCAACCCUACACACACAUACACAUACACAUACACAUACACAUACACAUACACAUACACAUACACAUACACACACACACCAUUUCAAUGUCAACAGCACAUGACUGAUAUAAGGAGCUUAUAACUUGUGAGUUUCAUUAUACUACAUUUAUGCUAUGAAAUGUAUGACUAUGGAAGUUAAUAAGCAAUUCUUUCAUUAUAUUGUACUUUACUAAUGCACAAGUUUCAGAAUUUUCAUUCACAAUGUGUUAUUUCCAACUGGGAUGUGGUGAUCAAUCAUAUUUGUUUCCUUUUUCAUUCUCAUUUAGUAUUGGGCAUACUGUAUGCAGCAAUGUGCCUACCUUAAAGGUAAUUUAGUAUUGAACAUACUGUAUGCAGCAAUGUGCCUACCUUAAAGGUAAUUUAGUAUUGGACAUACUGUAUGCAGCAACGUGUCUUCCAUAAAGGUAAUUUAGUAUUGGACAUACUGUAUGCAGCAAUGUGCCUACCUUAAAGGUAAUUUAGUAUUGGACAUACUGUAUGCAGCCAUGUGCCUUCCAUAAAGGUAAUUUAGUAUUGGACAUACUGUAUGCAGCAAUGUGCCUUCCAUAAAGGUAAUUUAGUAUUGGACAUACUGUAUGCAGCAAUGUGCCUUCCAUAAAGGUAAUUUAGUAUUGGACAUACUGUAUGCAGCAAUGUGCCUUCCAUAAAGGUAAUUUAGUAUUGGACAUACUGUAUGCAGCAACGUGCCUUCCAUAAAGGUAAUUUAGUAUUGGACAUACUGUAUGCAGCAAUGUGCCUACCUUAAAGGUAAUUUAGUAUUGGACCUACUGUAUGCAGCAAUGUGCCCACCUUAAAGGUAAUUUAGUAUUGGACCUACUGUAUGCAGCAAUGUGCCUUCCAUAAAGGUAAUUUAGUAUUGGACAUACUGUAUGCAGCAAUGUGCCUUCCAUAAAGGUAAUUUAGUAUUGGACAUACUGUAUGCAGCAAUGUGCCUUCCUUAAAGUGCAAUUCCAGCGCUUUUCAACCUAAUGUUCAUUAUCUCCAGCACAAUGCCAGUGUCUACAUAUGUGAAAACACCGCAUUUCUACAUUUUGUAGAAAAAAAUAUAAAGCAAAAAAUGUCUGCCCGAUGACACAUUUUAAAAACAAUGAUAUUCAAACACUAUGAGAUUCGCUGCGGUGUAGGGAGCAAGAAAAUACCCUCUCGGGCUACGAAUUCAUUGCAGGUUUUGAAAAUCACAUGUUUUUUAAACUUUUAAUCCUACUUUUAAUAUCACAGAGCACCUUUCUUCUCAUCUUUCUUUUUUCACCUUUCUUCUUUUAAGCACCUGUAAAAAAAAAAGAUAUAUCUAGCUUAAACAGAUGUAUUUUGACUCCAGGGAGUCUUUGUAACCACAUAUCAUAGAAACACACUGUUUUCACAUAUGUAGACACUGAUAUGGUACUGGAGAUAAUGAAUAAGGUUGAAAUGUGGUGGAAUUGCCCUUUAACAAACUGAUGUUUCUCUGCAAUAUUACAUGUGUUUAUUUCUUUGGCAGAUAUCAUCAGUUUUUAUUUUUUUAAGGAAUAUUUGCCAUCCAUUAUUGACACAAUGUCUGAGGACAGUUUGGCGUGUUUCAUAAAAAUUAUUAGAUGAAUUAGAGUUUGUUAAUUUGGUUGUGUAUUUGGUCGUAAAAUAAUUAAGCUAUUUUUGUCACCGCUAUCGUUAUCUCUUUAUUAUUCCAAAUCUGGUCAACUCAACAUGUAGACUGAAAUAAACUCUGUAAAAUAUACUGUUA